UGCUUUACCUUCCUACAAAAAUCAUCCAUUUACAGAAAAAAACAACAAGAGCUUCUCAAAGUCUUUCAAAGCUUCUCAAAAGGUUUCUCCAAUUCACGAAGAUAUUAAUUAUAUACCAAAAAAAAAAAGACAUGAGUUAUUUGAACAAGAUUUGGAUGGCAGCAUCAUUCGUAGCAGUUCAAGGAAACGCCGAUCACGGCGUCAAGUUGAAAAGCGGAAUCACCACCGCUCACCGUCUCCAACGCAGACUUUCCUCCGAUCUCCGUCCUCUCGCCGCCGCUGAUCUCGCCGGAGACAGUAUCCCAUCUGAAGAAAGACGUCGUAACUCUUCUUCAACUACUCCCGAUGAGUCUCUCCGCCAAGUCAUGUACCUCAACUGCUGGGCACAAGGCUAAAAUUCUUACAUUUUCGAUCUCCCAUCUUCAGAUGAUGGUGAUGGAUACGCUUAUGAUGAACGAACCCCGCUUGAGUCAGAUUCUUGAUGCAAACUGUAUAUAUAAGUUUGGUUUCAUCUCUGAUGGUUGACUCUCGCUACCUGCUCAUGUACUCGCUUAGCUUGAGUCAUGUUUUUUUUUUCUUUCUGGAUGCAACUGUAUGUAUAUAGUUUUGGUUACAUCUAUGUGAAUAUUAGAAAUGUUUGAAAAAAUCAAAGCAAGCGUUUCGAUUCGAUUAUGCAAAACUCUUUUUUUCUA